UGGUGCUGUAUGAGAUUGUGCAGUGAUUUGAUACAGCGGUGAUCGAUCGCCGGGAAGCUUUUAUUUUAGGAAUGGCGCGAAACAAACGCGCAAUAAAAAAAUAAUGUGAGACGCGUUCUUAUACGCAAAGCGAAAACGAUUUUCGAUUGCAUUCUGUCCAGCUUUGGCUUUCUGUCUCUCUCCUCUCACUUUUUUAUAUUUUUCUUCCUUUGCAUUUCCAUCCUAUUCGUGUUAUUUUUCUCCAGUCUUUCUCAUAUUAUUUUAUUUUGUGCCAAAAUGAGCAACGACACGCCCUUCGACCCCAACUCAGAGGACAUGCCUGACCUCUACACAGUGCUCCAGCUUAGCCGUGCCUAUUUUGAGGAAGGCAAGGACUGGGACGCUUACUUUAGGCAGCUGUGGGCCGGUGUUGUUGAUGCUCAGACCAUUGCGCAGUUCGCUAAAGUAUAUAAGGGAUCGGAGGAGGAGCGCAGUGAUCUUUUGGCCGCAUACAGGCUGCAUGAGGGCGACAUUGGGCUGAUUCUGACAGAGGUCAUGUUGGCGGAGGCGGCUAUUGGCGCAAAGGAGGUUAAGCGCACGAGGGCGUACACAAAGUCAAAAAAAUUGGCGACCAAGCGCAAGGCUGAUGCUGAGGAUGAGGCUGUGGAGGCAGAAGCCCUGAGGAAAGAGCUCGGGCUGGACGAUCAGCUGCGCAAGGCCAAGGCUAACUCCAAGGCAAAGGGCGGCUCAAAGCGCAACCGCGGCGGUGCCAGUGAUGACGACGAAGUGACGAAGGCGCAAUCAAGGCGCUCAUUAGGCAGCGCACGAACAGCCGCAUGA